AUGGGUUCGCAAACGUUGGAAAUCCUGCGGCAGGGUGUGCUGGCCAGUUUGACCGGCGGCUGGUACUACGACGUGCAUCAGAAUGUCUUCUGCAAUGCCGUCCAUCUGUACAUCUGGUUGUUUCUGUUGUUUCUUCCGUUCAUCAUUUACAUGUACUUUCCCACAACGCUAAUCGUAUGGAGUGUAUACUGUGUCCUGGUUGCCAUCAUCAUCACAUUCUUCAAGAUGGUUAACGUGGCCCUGCACCGGAUGUACGACCGGGCGCGCACCAUGUCGGAGACCAAUCUGAAGAAACCGGGCGUCGGCGGUGGGACGAAGAUGCCCGGUGCCGGAGGACCCAACAGUGGCCCCGGUGGUGGCGGUGGUGGCGAGGACGACGAGGCCGGUAUUGAGAUGCAAAUCCUCGGCACUGUUGAGGUAGUCGGAACGCCACCGGUGAACGCUUCAUCCCGUACCUCGGUGGAGCAUCCGAGCGAUGAAAACCACAGCUACGCCAACAGUGCGCUUUCGUUCGAUUUUCCCGAACAGGUAACGAGCACGAUCGACCUGAAGGUGGACGUGCACCGCAAGAACAGCUCCGAAUCGAGCGAUAGCGGGAUGAGCGGUGGCGCCACGGGCACCGGAGCCGAUGGGGCGGCAUGUGUCGAAGCGAGCGGACACGCGAGGGCACGCUGCAGCACAGUGCAAACGCACUCGGCGGAAGUGUGCAGUACGGCCACCCACAAACGAUCGCUUUCGACGCCCAACCAGGAUCGCUUUUCGGAAAUGGCACUAGAGAAUGCGGUGCGUGAGAUGUCGGGCGAGUUCGGAACGGCCGGUGGAUCGAGCAGUGCCGGUGGAAGCACCAGCAUCGUGGCAAUCGAUGGCGGUCUGGCGAAAGACCGACAGCAGCGGCAGCUACAGCAGCAGCAACCAUUAGCGGGCCGGUCGAUGAUGAGCGCCCAAUCGAAUGCCUCGCUACGGAGGCAUCAGUACAAGUCGAGGCGGAAGCAGCGCUUCAUGAACAGUCAGCUGCAGCGUCAGAUUUCGCUCGAUUCCGAAAAACUCGCCAUGGGCAGUGGGAGCAGCGUGUUUGGAGCGGAAGAGGAGCGCGGUGCCGGCGUCACCGACGGUGCCCGUAACCGACGCAAACAGGGUUUUGGUUUUGGACGCAGCACCAGCGGCAGUGGUGUUUCGGGCGGUGUCGCUGCCGGAGAACGGCAAAGCGCGAGCAGAGGAGCGAGCGGAGGUGAUGGAGUGAAGCUACAGAGGCACCUGAGUUCCGACGAUCAGAGCAACAAAUCGAUCGGCUCCCUGUUUCAGCAUCAUCAGCACUAUCAGCUGCACCAUCAUCAUCAUCACCACCACCAUCAUCAUCUGCUGGCGAUGCAGAAUCACGAUCCGGCCGAUCUGUACCACCUGGACCACAGCUACACGAAAUCUGCGGUACAGCUGGCGAUCGAAAGCUCGGCGGGCGACGCAAUCGGAGGCAAAGGAACUAUGGGUGGUGGUGGUGGUGGAGGAUCGUAUCUUCUUCAUCAGGCCACUCCCAUCCGGCGCGAUUCGAGCAGCACGAUGUCCGCCCUGCAACUGCCAACGAUCGCUAGCGGUAGCAGUAGUGCCGUGGUCGGUGCCGGGAGCAGUAGUGGUGCUGCUAAUGGCCCAUCCGCUGGUGGGAGAAGCGGCUCGGGAUCGGGAGGCAGCAAACGUCGGCGUCACUCGAACACUAAUCCCACGGGCAACAACGGGGGCACGGGACGGCCUCUGCCACGAUCGCUGACUUCGGUGCGACGGAUCAAGAGCGCCGCGCUCGAAACGUGCAGUCCGGCGUCGAUCUCGAACCUAACGCCAACCCACCCGAACAGCGUGGAGGUGAUCGGCGGCCAAACACUGCGCAAUCCACGCCACACCGUACUGCCGCCGCCGAGCAAGUGUUUGUCCCGCAAUCCGUACCUGAACUUGUUUACGAAGUCGAACGAAGGGAGCAGCGGCUCGGGGCUGGUGGACGUGUGCCGGGGAACCGCCUCGAGCCUUACGAUGGUGAUGGGUUCCGGUGAUCCCGUCUAUCCGAUCGCCGAACAGUCUGACGAGAGUACACCAAUCAAGAGUGGUGGUGACGGUGUGCGAUUGGUGACGAGUGACGAAAAAACGGUCAUCCAACGGUGUGUCCUCCAUUCUGAUUCGGACGAUGAGCUGCAGGACGAGGAUGACGAGGAGGAUGAGGAGGAGAGUGACGACGAAGAAGUAGACGAAGAGCACGUGCAGGUUGCGGAGGAUGACGUUGAUGCGGUCGUGGAUCAGUGCAGUGGAAGGGUGCGGGGAGGCCAAGACGGGCCAAAGCUGGUGGAACGGGUAGCAGAUAGUGAGGAGGAUCUCACGUUGCACGAUCAACUCCGUCGGUUGCACCAUCAGCAGCGGGAUCGGAUGGAACUUCUCGAUCAUCAGCUCGAGACGGCAGAUCGGCCGCCGGCGGUACCUGCGGGUGACGGGGGUGACGAUCGGAGCGACGAAGCGAUCGAUUCCGAUCUCGACCCGCCGGACAGUGGCCUUCAGUCGACGGAUUCCGAUACGGAAAACAAUGCGGGCUCACGAUCGCCGCUUCUCGAACCGCGCACUCAUCGGGCGGGUUCCGAGCAAGCGGUGGUGAUAGUGGAGGCCAAGAACACCGCUUGCCUUGCGGCCAGUGGUGGGGACGUGAAGAAAACUUCAUCCAGUCCCACGAUCAGCGACACACUGCGUUCGCCGGUGAAACCGUUCGGUGACGAACUAGGUUGUCUCUCUUCGAGUGACUGGGAGCACGCGAGUGCCAGUUCCAAAGAUUUGCUGAUCGCAAAAGACAGUCCUCCCAAGGCGGCACCAUCGGUGGCCGGAGAGCACGGCGAUCCAUCGGCGACACAACGAACCACGGGGAGCAGUGGGAAGAUGGCCGACGGUACGACAGCGCUCGAUACCACCGCGACCACUUCCGGUAUUACGUCCGCACAGCGUAAUCUCGGUGCGAUACCCAAAACCUCGCCCCAGGGACGGUUCAGCACGCGGCGACUGAGCAUCGAAGACAACUACCCGAGCACCAGUGGCAAGAUCUACAAUCGGACACUCUCGCAGCGGCUAUCGGCGGAGCGGAUACCGGAAAAUGCUGCCACUGCGCCACUGAUCACCUUCCUCAACUAUCGCUCCGAUGUGCCAAUUCCGCCGAUCUACCUGCCGGGCAAUAGUGCGCUAUCGGAGCAGCAAACAAACGGAAGUUUUAGCUUUCGAUCGCGCGGCAUUCCAUUCCCUUCCCGGUCGUACCGCCAGCUAAACUGCCGCCUGCGAAUCCUCAAAUCGGCCGACGAGGGAGGAACUGACAGCGGCGAGACGGGAGCGGGAGCAACGGCGGCGGCAGCCUGUGAAACGACUUCCGGUGCGGUUGGAGUGAACGAUUACUGGCGUGACGAUGAUAACAACAACUGCAACUACUGUCUGGAUGCGCUCGAAGGGGGGCAGCAGCAGGCCGGGGUUACGGCCGGGCGUCUGCAGUCGGAGGCUGCGGGCAGCCAUCCAGGAGUAAGCGGCACACGGGGCGGCGGCGGUGGUAUCGGAGGUGGUGGUGAGUUGAUGCCGGGAUCGGUCGGCGAGGUGCCUUGGAAUUUUUAUGUAGCCGACGAUUCCGAUCGCUGGCUUCGGUGUGCGGCCAACGCGAUCAAGGAGCGGAUCGGAGCGCUCAACCAUCAUCUGCACGCACACCACCAUCUGCACCAUAUGCACCAUCACCAUCAUCCUCGCAGCAGCGCGAUCAGCAUCAGUGGUCCGUCGGGCAUCGGUGGCAUUGGUGUGGCGGGGGGCAGUGCAAGCGUUCUGAGCGGAUCCGGUGGCGUCGGUGGGGCGACGACGAUCGGGACGAUUUCUUCCACCGGCGAUGACUUCAACACGGCGUCCAUCAAUUCUGCCGGAGGAGUCGGUGGUGCCGGAGGUGGAAGCGCCGGAGGCCGGGAAGUGGGGACGAUCGAUAAAGCGAUCGUCGCGUCGACGGAGUGUAGCCUUUCGCGGGCCCAGAGCACGAUCGAUGUCGUGCUACACUCGAUGUUCGGUGACGGUGGGCAGACGGUGCGCCCGAAGCGGUACUACCGCUUCCCGCUGAACUUCCUCUGCUUCCGGGAGCAUCUGAACAUCUCGAUGAAUCGGUUGCAACUGUUGGCGUUGUUCGAUCGCGACACCAGCUGGGCGCAGGUCGUGCUCGCCAUCGGGCUCUGCACGCUCGUGUCGCUGCUCGGCUCGCUCGUCCUGUACCUGAAGUUCUACGAGGAUCUGUACGCGUUCAUCUUUUGCUUCGUGAUUGCCGGCAGCCAGUACUCGCUGCUCAAGAGCGUCCAACCCGAUGCGGCCUCACCGAUCCAUGGUUUCAACAAAACCGUCACCUACUCGCGCCCGAUCUACUUCUGUCUGUGCUGCGCGCUGCUCCUGGGUGUGCACCGGGUGCUCCGAGACUACGAGCUGGAACUGAGCCAGGGGGGCACUCCGCUGGGCCAGGGUCUUCUGGGCUCGCACGUCCUGUUCGGGUUUCGCAUCUCGAUCGUCGCCUUUCUCCAGUCCAGCCAAAGCAUCCUGUCGGUCGUGAUCCUCUCGUUUCCGUUCCUGUUCAGCCUCGGCCUGUUCCCGCAGAUCAAUACCUUCACGAUGUACGCUCUGGAGCAGCUGGACAUGCACCUCUUCGGUAGCAACGCUUCAUGCAGUCUGCUCGCGUCCUUUCUCUCCGUGCUGCGGUCCGUGUUGGCGUGCACGCUCCUGUUCGGGCCCGCCUUCGGUGCCCUGUCCGAGACCGGUACCCAGCACGUGCUGUUCUCGAUGUUUUGCGCGUUCCUCGUGACCGUGUCGUACCAUCUGUCGAGGUGCGCGAGCGACUACACGUACGUUUGGGCGGUCAUCAAGUCGCUGCUACUGGCGCACCCGGACGAUGACGACGCGUCCAGUGGGGCCAGAGACGACUCGAAGCGCUCGGUGUCCUCGGGCUCGUGCGAUGACUCGAAGGGGGCGGAAGGGGACCUGCCAACGGUGGUGGCCGGUGCUCGUGCUGCCGAGCGGCGGCAAUCGGUGCCGGCCCGAUCGACGGACGAGAUGAACCGAGAUUUCGACGAAGAGGCGGCACGCGAGGACACGAAAGAACUGGACGAUCCGUUACCGCGGAAGCUACAGGAUACGGUGACGGCCCGCAUGAAGAACGAUGGUGUGGUGUGCGUGGUGCUGGCGGUGGCCAUGUUCAGUCUGCACUGUAGCACCGUCUUCACGGUGCUCCAGCCGGAGAUCAAUCACGUGCUGCACUCGGGUGCCUGCAUUGUGGGGUUUCUGGUGCACUACGUCGUGCCGCAGCUCCGGAAGCACUUGCCGUGGUUGUGCAUCGCGAAACCGAUUCUGAAACCGGACGAGUUCGGGCUGUUCGAGGUGCAGAAGUUGUCGAAAAUCAUGUGGUUCGAGACGAUGUACGUGCUGCUGUGUUUCUUUGAGCGCAACAUCCUCUACCCGCUGAUCUUUGUCAGUGCCCUGACCGCUGACUCGGGGCUGAUUGUGCAAAAGUUUGGCCUCACGCUCGGCACCAUGCUGAUCGUCGUGUGCAGUUUGAAGUGUGUCCGAAACUCGUACUCCGACGUCGGCAGUCAGUACAUUAUACUCAUCUUCACCGUGCUGUUCUUUCGGUUGGACUACAAGCUGUCUAGCGAAACGUUCCUGCUCGACUACUUUCUCAUCUCGAUCCUGUACCGUAAGAUUUCCGAGUUUCUGCUGAAGUUACAAUUCGUCGUAACGUACAUAGCACCGUGGCAAAUCACGUGGGGAUCGGCAUUUCAUGCGUUCGCCCAACCCUUCAGUGUUCCGCACUCGGCGAUGCUGUUUCUGCAGACGGCCAUCAGUGCAAUCCUGUCGACACCUCUCAAUCCAUUUCUUGGAAGUGCCAUAUUUCUAACGUCAUACGUGCGCCCGAUUAAGUUCUGGGAGCGUGACUACAACACCCGCCGGAUCGAUCACUCAAACACCCGUCUCAGUUCGCAGCUCGAGCGCGAUCUCGGUGCGGACGAUAACAACCUGAACAGCAUAUUCUACGAGCACCUGACCCGCUCGCUGCAGCACUCACUGUGCGGUGACCUACUGAUGGGUCGCUGGGGUAACGUAAGCCAAGGAGAUUGCUUCGUGCUCGCGUCGGACUACCUCAACUGCCUCGUGCACAUCAUCGAACUCGGUAACGGGCUGUGCACGUUUCAGAUGCGUGGUCUCGAGUUCCGCGGUACCUACUGCCAGCAGCGCGAGGUUGAAGCAAUCUCCGAAGAGGUGGAAGACAAUAUUGGUUGCUGCUGCUGCACGAUAGGCCACCUACCACGGAUGCUGAGUGCGAAUGCCAUGUUCACUACGCGCUGGCUAGCGUGGCAAGUGAUGGCGUCCAAGUACGUGCUCGAGGGUUACUCGAUAUCGGACAAUUCUGCCACUGCCACACUGCAGGUGUUCGAGUUUCGGAAGGUGCUGAUUUCAUACUACGUUAAGAGCAUCAUCUACUACACGCUGCGGUCGCCGAAGCUGAUGAGCUGGCUGCAAUCGCAGGCCAUCGAGGAAGCGCUCGAACACACGACGGACCGUCAGUUUGUCGAUCUCGAUCCGGUCUUUAACCACAACCUGGACGACGAUUACGAUUUCCGUACGGCGGGCAUUACGCGGGCCAGUUUUUGGUGCAUCUAUGGCGAGUGGAUACAGUUCUGCAGUACCAAGAAGCGCCAGCAGCUACAAGCGGCCCUUAACGAGCGUAACAGUACGCCGAAGAAAACUCCACCGGCGAGCACCGGAAGCACUACCGGCACGGCGGGAAGUGUUGUCAAUUGUGUGGUUUCGUCGACCACUCAGACCCACGGUGCAAACGCGGCCAGCACGGACGCGACGAAGGAUGCCAAAGCUUCACCGGGAACUAGUGUGACGACCGGUUCGACGGCGGAGAUUGACGGUACGACGACAGGGGCCGGACCGGGAAGUGCUGGGAACAGUAAGGGUGAGUCGAGUGGAACGCACAACAAUAACGGAGCGCACGCUGCAGCCACGUCCUCGAAUUGUGGAGGUGCGGACGGAACGAACGCAGGUUCCGGUUCCAACGGAAGCUCCUCCAAUGGUACAUCCAACUUUUUCAGUUCGAACCGUGACUCGUUGGUGACCUCGCUGUGCAUGUCGCUGGCGUUGCUGGCUCGGCGUACGUUAGCCACCGCCAGUCACAGUUCGUCGUGUGGGGUCGAGUUCUUUCUUCACGGUCUGCACGCCCUGUUUAAGGGGGACUUUCGCAUCACGUGCCCGCGCGACGAGUGGGUCUUUGCCGAUAUGGAACUUUUGCACGGUGUGGUUGCUCCGGCGGUCCGGAUGUCGCUGAAGCUACACCAGGAUCACUUUCUCUGCCCGGACGAGUACGAUGACUACAGCUUCCUGUACAAUGCGAUUGAUUUUCACACGAAGGAGCUGGUCAUUUCGCACGAAGCGGAUCCGCUGUGGCGAAAUGCGGUGCUUCGGGGAACACCGAAUUUACUAGCACUGCGCCACGUCAUGGACGAUGGUUCGGACGAGUACCGCGUGAUACGGCUCAGCAAGCGGUACCUAAACUUUCGGGUCAUCAAACUGAACCGCGAGUGUGUGCGUGGAUUGUGGGCUGGCCAGCAGCAGGAGCUGAUCUAUCUGCGCAAUCGGAACCCCGAGCGGGGCAGCAUUCAGAACGCGAAGCAAGCGCUCCGCAACAUCAUCAACUCAUCGUGCGAUCAACCGAUCGGCUACCCGAUUUACGUGUCCCCGCUGACUACGUCGUACGCUGAAACGAACGCACAGCUGUGUCGCAUCAUCGGCGGGGAGAUAACGCCCGAGAAGAUCCAACAGAUGCUGAUCCGCUGCUGGAAGCGCAUCCGGCAGCGGUGCCGCGAGGGGUGCAGCAGCGGUAGCGCCAUCGUCGAUGGCGAAAUGACGGAGAUGCAGGGUGUGUACUGUAACACGCCGACACCGAACAACACCCUGUCGGGGACGGCGGGCACCCUGUCGUACGGGAGUCAGAACAUGUCGAUCUCCGGUGCCGUUGCCCCGCGGGGCAGCAUGGCCAGCAUUAACAAACCGACCAGCUCGACCCUGUUGGCUGGGUUUCUGAACCGCGAGCGGGAUGCGGAGCGCGAGGCGAUGGCCGUGGUAGGGGUGCGGGAACGCAGUACGAUCGCGAAGCGGAACGUGAGUAGCACGAGCAAAGAUCGCAUCGAUUGGGGUACGCUACAGAUUAGCAAGCGGGACUCGUACCGAGAAGCGGUGCUGGCGGAGGCAGUAGCAGCGGCAGCGGUCGCCGGUGGCAGUGGGAACGACAGUUCCGCCGGAGCUGACGAUGAGUGUACCGGGGGUGCCUGUGCGAGUCCGAGUUCGACACUGAAAGCAAGCGCCGAAUCGGCUUCCGGUCUGAUCAGUCACAAGCAACAUCCGUUGAUGCUUUCUGCCGUUGGUACCGGCAUUGCGUUGCCACCGGGAGUUGCCAGCGGCAGUGGUGGUGGUCUGGCGGCCGUCGGUAGUCGAAUACCGGGAGUUCCCGGAACGCUAACGUUCACACUGUCUCCGCCGGACGAUGCGUCCUACUCACUGUUCAGUAUGGCUACUGCUGCGGAGUCAACCGAAGCUCAGGCGGCAGCGGCAAACCUUCAGUGGAUACAGACGCCUCCGGUGAUCGGGCUGAACAAGAAGGUCAUCAUUGUUGAUGCGUCACAGAUCUACGAUUGUCUUGAUCUGGGCCGGCGUAUCGAUGUAACGUGGCCGAACGAGCAGUUCCGAGCCAGUGGCGGUCGCGCCUCGUGGAAAGAGUGGAUCCCGCAGGAGGGCAUGGUAGGUCACGUAGUGCACUACUGGCAACCGAACCAUCCGGAUCAUCACUUCCGUUCGAACGUUAACCGCACGAUACUGUUGGUGAAGAUUGGUGAACGACACGUACCGAUCGGCGAGAAGGGUAUUAAAGAGUACAACACGAUCGGACUAACCGCGAUAGGGGCCAUUUCGUCCACCGUCGAGGACAACCCUGCAGCAGCGUGUGGUGCCGAUUCAUCGUGCCGUUCCGUAUCCAUCAACAUGAUCCCUAUGGAACGAACCGGUAGCCGAGAACUGAUUGUAACAUCCACCACUUCCGGCGCACUGGUGGAAGUAGAGAGCAGCGAUACUAUUGCUACGCCUGAAAAAAGCACUCCGUCGAAGGUGCUGGAAGGCGACGCUGCUGGGGACCCAGCUUCGUGUUUUGCCGCAUGCACCGACGAACAUGAUCAAUCUCAAAGCUGCCCUCGCUGCUCAGGGCUCGUGUAG